AUGAAAUCCCUCAUCAUUUUUGCUUUGUUUGUUACCACGGCGGUCGCUGUACCGAUUGACUCUAAGGACGCCACCGUCGUCACUAACGAACUCAACAACAUCGGUGUUGGAGACUAUUUCUACAGAUACGAGACCAGCGACGGUAAGAUUGCUUCUGAAGAAGGUCACCUAAAGAAUGUUGGCACUGAAGACGAAGUCCUUGAAGUUCGUGGCCAGUACUCUUACCCAGGUGAUAAUGGUGUCGUUUACACCAUCACAUAUGUCGCCAACGAGGACGGAUACAAGGCUGAAGGUGCCCACAUCCCUAGGUCAUUAAAUUAA